AUGCUGAGUUAUUCCAGCAACUCCAAUGCGGUAAAUAAAAAAUUGGAAGAUAAGAUGGUGAAUCAUUACAGAUAAUAUGAAAAGAAGAGUAUGCUUCUCUCAACUUUCAACAUUCACAUGGCUCACUAGAUAGAUGUGUUCUGGGCAAAAGAUGACCAAUAAGCCAUGUGAUUUUAAUUCUGAGAUGCUCUUUCAAGGGAUUAGUGACUAGUUCAAGAAGCCACUCAAAGCCUUAAGUCAGUCCGUGGCACCUUUUUCUCACUCUGCUUUUUUACCUCCAUUUCAACACAUUCCUGGAGACUAGCUGCCUUUGAUCUUUUAGAUUUUGUAAGUUUAAUUGUUUGGGAACCUUGGCCUGUAGCUAUCCACUACUUAUUCAGAAAUAGCCUCUAAGUCAUGUCCUGCAGGUUUUUAUAUUAUGGGUUGCUACAGUUCUCUCAGCUAUGCUUAGGGCCACCCAGCACUCCUGGAAAUGACAACAAUCUCAAGCUACUUGCUGGACUGAUGGAUGGAGUUGUGCCAAAGUAUCGAAGGAUGCCAGACCAUGCAGUCAAUCUAGUAGAAAAUCUCAUGGGGAUUUCAUCGGAACAUAACAGCUGUAUAUCUGUACAAUCUUUAUAUACAGGGGUCAUUUUACAUUCCCUAGUCUGGAAGGAGUUAACCUCAUUUUGGAUUCAUAUAUUGCCUUCAGCUCUUUAACAUACAAUGCUUUGGAGUAGGAUUCAUAGGUUCUUAUAUAUUCAUUGAUUUAAACAUAAAGAUGAUGCCCUAGUGUUUGUUCUUCUUUAGAAAUUGGAGCCACUGAAUUAUUUUCAAAUGCUACAUCAUCAAGCCCAGUUAAUUUGCAACUUUUGUAAGUUUAUCCACUCGUAAUUUGAAGUGGUCUAAAAAAGGAAUCAUGCCCACACCUUAUUUUGAAUUGGCACUGUUUUAUUAUUGGGUAAUUGGCUCUUCCAAUCUAUUCCCUUGCCAGAGUAAAGAACACUUUAGUAUUUAUAUAACCAGUAACCCAUUAACUUGUUCAGGUUUUUGAGUUUUUUAAAUUAUCCUUGUUGAAGGAUUAUAUUACCCUUUAAUGCCAGCACAUUGAAGUUAGAUUCCUUUUUUUAUUCUGAAAAGCUUAUUCAGUUGGUUCUUUUGACAUGGGUACAAUGUGAUGAAGCCACAAUGGGUUUAUUUCUUAGAACUACAGUAACUUGUCCAGUGGUACAUUAAGUUUCAUAUGCAGUUAAAAAAAAAAAGGUAAAGGACCCCUGGACAGUUAAGUCCAGUCAAAGGCGACUAUGGGGUUGCGGCGCUCAUCUCGCUUUCAAGUCGAGGGAGGCAGCAUUUGUGCACAGACAGCUUUCCAGGUCAUGUGGCCAGCAUGACUAAACCGCUACUGGCGCAUGGAGGACCAUGCCAAGUGCCAGAACACACGGAAACACCAUUUACCUUCCACCACAGCGGUACCUAUUUAUCUACUUGCACUCGUGUGCUUUUGAACUGCUAGGUUGGCAGGAGCAGGGACAGAGCAACGGGAGCUCACUCCGUAGCGGGGAUUCGAACUGCCAACCUUCUGACUGGCAAGUCCAAGAGGAUCAGUGGUUUAGACCACAGUGCACAAGUAAUAUGUUUAUUUAUAUAUUAUCAAUUCAAGUAUUCUCUCCACAGAGAUUCUUGUGUUGUGGGUGGAAUAAAUGUAUUUUCUGUCUCAUUUAUAAAGGAAAAGAAUGGAAGCCAAGUUUCACCAAAAGUGUCUAUUCUUGAAGUGCCUUUAAAUACCCUUCUGUGGUGAGUAAGGCAUUCUGAUAGGACCACAUUCCAAAGAUUUCAAGAUUUCAAUUGAGAUUUCUAUAGGUAGCUUCCAGAAUCGGGCUAUUGUUAUUUGGGCUGCUGAUAAUAAUAUUAAAUUUAAAUUUAAAUUUGAGAUUAUGCAAGAGCAGAACUGGGUGGAAGGGAUUCCCAAAAUGAGUAUACCAUCGUGCAACUCCACCAUGCAUGAAAAUAUGAGCAUAUCUCCCUACAGCCUUUCCAGCUUAGGGAAUAGAUGCUAGUCUUUAUUUGGGCUAGACAUGAUGGAGCCCAGUGCCAGCAAAAUAAAAUUUUAAGAGAAGCCUCCUGCAAACGAGCAGAGAAGGUUCGUAGGGACGGGUUAUGCCAAAUUGAUUGCCAUUUAUUAUCUGCAAUUAUGUUCCCUACGUUUCCCCCCCCAUAUUGUCCGGAGGCCUCCUGUAUCGCCUGCGUAUUGUUCUAGAAGAAUGCUAUAAAUUAAAGACGCAGCUCCUUUUAUUUCAUAUAUUGAUUUGUUACAGAGAGACUCAAAUGACAUAAGAGAAUGAAGGCCCUCCCUCUUGCAUCCCAAGUAUCUUGCAAAUGUGCACAAUUGAAUAGAUUGGAACCAGGUUCAUCCAGUUUCUCCAUGAGCUUAUGCUUAGAAAUUGCUUUAUCUCUAGGCAGAAGGUCUCUUAUCCGAUAGACGCCUUUCUCCUCAAGUUUUUAAAAUUGUCCAUAUUCAUCCUCCUGUUGGAAUAAUGGAUGGUCCAACAGUGAAGUCAGUGGUGAGGGUUUGGGGGCCAGAACUGAGUCCCAUCAGCACUGCUUUAAAAAAUGGGUUUUGAAUUUUUCUCCACUCAGUUUGGGAUAGUUUUAGGAAAGAAAAUGCCCUUACUGACAGUGAAGAGGGAGAGGCCUAAAUCUGUACCCAUGGAAUGUCAUAUUUCCCCCUAAUCAAGGGGAUCAGAGAUUUAAUCUGAAAUGCUGCAUAAAAGAGUCCUAGGUUGGGCAAUCUGAGACCUCCCUUAGAUCUAUGCCUAAAUAACGUUUUAUAAUUUAUUCUAGAUUUUUCCCCAGAUGAAACAAAGAGAAUUGGCUUUUGUUGCCAUUUUUUAAGCAGAGAUGAGAAAAUAUGGAUGGGCAAAACCUGGAAAAAAAAUGAAAACUUCGGAAGAAUAGACAUUUUAACCACGGCUAUCCUGCCAAGCCAACUGAGAUUUAAAUGUUUCCAUUGUACCAAUUCUUGGGAAAUAUCUCUGAGCAGGUUUUUAUAGUUUCUGCGACUAAGCUAUUUUAGAUCUGAUGUUAAAUUGAUACAAAGAUAACUAAAGCCACAAUGACCAAUGCUAAAUUCUGCUUGUGAUAUUAGUUGCUCACAAGUCAUUGUGGGUAGGUUAAUUGGAAGAAUGGCUGAAACUACCGGUACUUUAUUUUGUACACAACUGUGUGAUGCUUGAUCACAUGCACACAAAUUCACAGGUAUGCUUCUUAUAAUGUUUGGUGAAACUUAGCAUGUAACACCCCCAACCAAUGGCCUCAUUACAUGUUAACAUGUUACUAGAGUUCACCAGACGUACAUACUUUGGAUGUACGUUUAUAGCUUUGUGCUAAGCUUCAUAUAUGCAAAAACAUGCAGCCUCUGGUGUAUUAAAUGCUCAUCCAAAGCCACCUUAAGCAACUCUAUGCCCAAGUGACCACAUCAAUCAAUCUUAAGAUGGCAACUCUUUCUUAUGCCAAGAACAGCAAUUCCAAAAAUACUUAUAAUAACAAUAUAAUUUUAAUUAGUUUGGAGGUUUAGAGUUAAAUUUGCAAAUACUUGUUUAUAAGCACUUUACAAUAGGAAACAUUAUCAAUCCCAUUUACUUCUCUUCCCACCCACCUAUCCAAAACAGAACAGAACAGUGAGAUAUGAAAGCAAUGCUCAGGAGGUCAUUCAGCAAUGACAACACCAGCAAUAGCAAUAGCACUCAAGAGGCCCUUGUGCCAUACUCUGGCUUUCUUGAAUAGCCCAGAUUCUCUCCUUUAAGACCCUUGUGAAAUUAUUUAUAGGGCAUUUACUCACAUAGUCUGUAGGACAUCAAAUAUUUCUAAUUAUAUCCAGUCAUGUCAAAUGACAAUUAUGCCUUAGCCAACUUUGCCAAACAAUGCUUUACAGGGAAAGGUUAGCCAAAAUGCCUUGAGUGAAGAAUGGCUUGGGGGUGGGAGGACAGGGGCUGGUACUUGUGCUCAUCCGAGAGUAUAAAAGUGUCUAGGGCCAAUUUGUGUUGUCCUUCCACAGAUAGUUAAUAGGUAAGUGUUGGGGGGUGAUUGUGGGGCUCUGGAGGGGGGGGUAGCACCCCUGAAUUCCACUCAUGCCAGGCCAUUCCUUAUGCCUUUGCCAUUAGCUCAGGAGAAUUGACUAUGUCAAACGGGAUUUCAGAUAUGCUCCUUUGCUUCCAGUCAGUAAUUCAUUGUUGGAAGACUCUUUGAAAAGUCACCAGUAAGAAGAGAUUUGCACUUUUUGUUUUGCAGUACUGGCCGGUGCUGAGCCUGAGCACUAUUCAUUUCGUAUACCAGGAGGUAAGGCUCUGAUUGUACCCAUUCUUGGGGAAGGGGGAAGAGGUUCAAAGAAAGUCUCCUUUUGGAUCUGAGCUGAGAAUACAGGUGCAGUGCCCCUUGCUAAUUAUGUACCGCAUGAAAUAUUUUAUGGGUAUUGUGUUCAGAUUUUAUUGCACAGUGUCCAUGUUAACUGAUCAUGCAGUUCUGGCAUAUGAGGCAUUACUAGCGAGUGCUCCUCCCCUCUAAGCACAUGCUAGAAGUUCCAGCUUUUAAUUGCCCUCUGCGACAUUAUCUGAUACUUCCAGAGAAAAUCUAAUUGCAAAAUGGGCAACCAUCAAAGUGGGCAACAAGUUGGCAUCCAGGACAAAGUGAAUUCUCUAAUGAAUACCACUCUUUGAGAAUGUGUACUGGAGUAGACUAGCAGCAAUAACACUGUGUUUGACUGUUCCUUUAUUUCAGGUUUAGUUUUGAGAAAUGAUAGUGAAAAUCAUGUCUUGCCUUCUCAUUUAUUUACAUUAUUAGUUAAUAUUAUAACAAAUUGAACAAAUCUUAACAAAUUGAACUAAAAUUUUCUAACUGGGACUGCUUGAGAGCUACUUUAUGAUGUAUAUAUUUAAUUCCCCAAGAGCAGAAUCCAAGCGGAAAGGAAAGUAAUGUCUAGGGCUGAGCAUGAACUUCCAUCAGAAUACAAAGGUUAGGAUUUCUGAUCCACAACCAAGAGUAUACUCAUCAAUCAACAAGAUAAGGGAGGAAAAUGGAAGUUAACAGGGAGGGUGGCAGCUUAGUGUUUUGUAUGAAAAGGUCCAUGGUUCAAUCCAUGGCAUCUUCAGGUAGGGCUGGGAGAGAUGCCUGUUUCAAAUCCUGGAAAGCUGCUUGUUGGUAAAUGUAAUACUGAACUUGAUGCACCAAUGGUUGGGCUCCAUAUGAGGCAGCUUCCUGGGUUACUGUGAUGACUGGAGGCUAAUUACAUGGAAGCAAGCAAGGUGUAAAGGGAUGUGGGUGGCGCUGUGGGUUAAACCACAGAGCCUAGGACUUGCUGAUCAGAAGGUCGGCGGUUCGAAUCCCCGCGACGGGGUGAGCUCCUGUUGCUUGGUCCCUGCUCCUGCCAACCUAGCAGUUUGAAAGCACGUCAAAGUGCAAGUAGAUAAAUAGGUACCACUCCAGCGGGAAGGUAAACGGCGUUUUUGUGCGCUGCUCUGGUUCGCCAGAAGCGGCUUAGUCAUGGUGGCCACAAGACCCGGAAGCUGUACACGGGCUCCCUCGGCCAAUAAAGUGAGAUGAGCGCUGCAACCCCAGAGUCGGUCACGACUGGACCUAAUGGUCAGGGGUCCCUUUACCUUUUUUAAGCAAGCUGGAGCUAGAAGCCAAAGAAACAUAUUCAGCUAGAGGCAGGAGGAUAGAACAGCUUAAAACUAGAGCAAGAAAUUCAGAGGGGAAACAAAUUCAGUAUGUUCCUAAAAUCCAGUUUGUCUUGCAAACUUUCAAAUUCAUUUUCUAGCUGCUUGAAAGUAUUGGUGCAAUCAUGAAAAGAAAUAAAACAGAGCCAUUCACGACUGAGUUGAGGUGCUGUGCCAGAGUCGGAUUGGACACUAGCACCGCUCAGCGGGUGCAGUGACCCCUUCUGCUCACCAAAUGUGUGGGCAGGUGGCAGUCAGCAGGAGGCCCUGAAAUGGUGCUUUCUGUGGGCUGGCAAGUGGGAGGGCCUAAGCUGGCAUGGGAUCCAUUGGAUCCCAUACCAGACCCACUGCUGGCAAGUGCCCGCCCUCUGUCCCCUAGAGGGCCCAAUACCUACACAAGCUCCACAAAUGAGAGGUCAUAAAAGGAUGUUGACAAGAUGUUGCGCCUCCCCCUGCCACUGAAGGGUAAAUUCAGGGAAUAUGGGCUAACAUUUUGAUGCCAACAGGGUUGUGUAGACACAACAACAACAACAACAACAACAACAACAACAACAACAAAGUAUGUUCAUAAAUGAGAAACAGUGAUGCCGCAAUAAACAUCCACUUGGAAUCACCCUUACUUAUUACAUUUUGGCUCUAAUUCUGUUGGCAUUCAACCACCUGAGUUCCGUAUUAGAGGGAACAAGUGGGACUUGCAAACAAAAUAUUACUGUAAUUUCUCUUUUAGAAUGAGCACUCCACCUUAGGCUUCUAGCCAGCCAUUUACUCCCAGCAGGGCAUUUCACUCUUCCUCCUCCCCAACCAGUUUUCUGUUCCCCUUAACAACUGACACUUAACAUUCUCACUGGCUUCUUUUGGAACUUUUUGCCUCCUUAGGUUUUUCAAAAAGCUCCCCUGCCCCACUUCUGCAAAUGUUGAUGUUCAACCAAGCAUGCUCCUACCACCUUGUUUCCAGUGGCCAUCUUUGUCACUAGUCCUGUUGGCACUCACCACCUGAGCUUGCUACCGGACUGCUGUGAUGAUGAUGAAGUUCUGUGGAGUACCAUGACACAAAACUUUCUGCAAAUUGUGCCAAGGUGCCCUGAUCACUUCAAUACAGAUCCUCCACAGAUGUUGGCUGCCCCAUUAAUUUUGAUAGAUCGACCAAUCUAUAAAUUUGUUCAUUUCUUUGCUUGAAUGAGUGGGAAAACUUAAUGUUUGUUCUGGUUUUACAACUUCUUAGCUUUGAUGGAUUGGCACGAUCAAUUUGGGGAAUUUAAAUAAUGUGACUGUGGUCACCUAGUAGAGCACUCAGAUAUAGCAGGGCCAGGGUGGGAGAGUGCUAGAGUCCUGUCUAGUCAAGUUGCAUGGGAUCAGUUCCAAUCUGUUACUUCCGAGGAUGUGGACAGGCUGCUUGGACGAGUGAAACCAACCACCUGUCUCCUUGAUCCUUGCCCAUCCUAGCUCAUAAAAGUGAGCUGGGAACAGCUGGGUGCUGGGCUCCAUGGGGUGGUGAAUACCUCCCUCUGUGAGGUAGUCUUUCUAGACUGGCUUAAAGAAGCAGUUAUUAAGAUUGAAGUUGAAUCCCGGUAGGACAGAAGUACUGUUUUUGGGGGACAGAGGGUGGGCAGGUGUGGGGGACUCCUUGGUCUUGAAUGGGGUAACUGUGCCCCUGAAAGACCAAGUGCGCAGCCUGGGAGUCAUUUUGGAUCCACAGUUGUCCAUCGAGGUGCAGGUCAAUUCUGUGUCCAGGGCAGCUGUCUACCAGCUCCACCUGGUACAAUGGCUGACACCCUACCUGCCCACAGACUGUCUCGCCAGAGUGAUGCAUGCUCUGUUUUCUCCCGCUUGGACUAUCGCAAUGUACUCUACAUGGGGCUACCUUUGAAGUUGACUCGGAAACUACAACUAAUCCAGAAUGUGGCAGCUAGACUGGUGACCGGGAGUGGCCUCCGGGACCAUAUAACACCAGUCCUAAAGGACCUUCAUUGGCUCCCAUUGUGUUUCUGAGCAAAAUUCAAAGUGUUGGUGUUGACCUUUAAAGCCCUAAACGGCCUUGGCCCAAUAUACCUGAAGGAGUGUUUCCACCCCCAUCACUCAGCUCAGACACUGAGGUCCUCCUCUGAGGGUCUUCUGCUGGUUCCCUCACUGCAAGAAGCAAAGUCACAGGGAACAAGCUGGAGGGCCUUCUCAGUAGUGGUGCCCUCCCUGUGGAACACCCUUCUUUUAGAUGUCAAGGAUAUAAAGAACCAUACAACUUUUAGAAGACAUCUGAAGGCAGCCCUGUUUCGGGAAGUUUUUUGUUUGAUUUUUUUAAUGUUUUAAUAUAUUCUGUAAGACACCCAGAGUGGCUGGGGAAACUAAUAAUAAUAAUAAUAAUAAUAAUAAUAAUCACACCAUAAUUUCAAAUAUAUUGAAAUACUUAGAAUCCAUGUGCCUCCUCAACAAUUUCCUCUACUUCUAAGUCAUACCAAUAUUAGAAAUGCAAAAGAAUAUAUAAAGUGGCAUUACACAGCUGCAAUUCUCAUGUGGGCUGUCAUUCUUUGUCACAGUGUUCUCUGCUAAGCUGCAGCCAUGUCUUCGGACUCAGAAAUGGCAGCCUUCGGGGCAGCUGCCCCUUUUCUCCGAAAGUCAGAAAAGGAGAGAAUUGAGGCUCAAAACAAGCCAUUUGAUGCCAAAACAUCAGUUUUUGUGGUGGAUCCUAAGAUCUCCUUUGCAAAAGGUGUUGUCCAGAGCAAGGAGGCAGGGAAAGUCACAGUCAAGAAAGAAGGUGGAGACGUGAGUAGAGAAACACCAACUGACAUUGAAAAAUUAGGAAUAUAUUUGUCCUAUUCUUUAUGCUCUUUGUUGAAUGGUCUCUUGUUUCCUUGCAGACUGUGACAGUUAAGGAUGACCAAGUCUUUCCUAUGAAUCCUCCCAAAUUUGAUAAAAUUGAGGACAUGGCCAUGAUGACCCACCUCCAUGAACCUGCUGUGCUGUAUAACCUCAAAGAGCGUUAUGCAGCCUGGAUGAUCUAUGUGAGAACAGUUUAACAUUUACCAUUGACUUCACAAUACAGAUUAUUAUUCCACAGAGAAUCAGAUUUAUUAUCCAUCUUUUCUUUACAGACCUAUUCAGGUCUCUUCUGUGUCACUGUCAAUCCCUACAAGUGGCUGCCAGUAUAUAAUCCUGAGGUGGUAAAUGCCUACAGAGGCAAAAAGCGUCAAGAGGCCCCUCCUCACAUCUUCUCCAUCUCUGACAAUGCCUAUCAGUUCAUGUUAACUGGUAAGUAGGUCAACCUACCUCAAAGUGAUUACAAAGUGACAGUUCCCGAGACUGAGUCAACAGCUUUUCCAGAAAGUCCCAUGCACGAUGGGGUUGCAGUUAAGAAUUAUUUCUGUAGCCAUUAAAGCUCAAAGGAAGGAAACCUCAACUCAACUGUCCUCUAAAACACCAAAACCUAAUAGCACUGUGCCAACAUUUCAGGGCAUUCUUCUUUAUUGCUUUGUUAACUCUUCAUGAGCUUAUAUGUAGUUUUAGAACUAUUUAAUAGUUCAGUAUUUUCUAUAGCAGCUUGCAGUUGGAAGUAAAAUGCACAAGAGACAUCAGGAUUAUAGUGAAGAGCAGUAAGAUGUGAAUUUAUGGCAUGCAUACUGAAAUAAGUGUUGGUUAUGAAUAAUAACUGAUAAAAAGUCAGAUUGUUUUCAUUCUUAAUGGAUGUAUGGGACUUUAAAAUGAAAAGAAACAUUAGAAAGGGACCAUCCAGAUUCUGAACAAUCAUAGCCUAAAAUUAUCAGGCUAUCCUAGUGUAUUUUAAAUGAAUAUUCCUUAUUUCAGUAAUUGGGCUCAUCCACAUUUCCACUUAUCCUGUGUGUAUGAGCAGUUUCCCCCUUGCCCCAUUCCUUUCCCAGGGAAAACCUACUCUUUAGUGCUAAAUCAGAGCAAAUGUUAAUCCGGAGAAAACCUGAACAGCUGUUUGCUUCAAUUGAGGGCUAAAGCAUGGUUUUCCCUGGAGGAAAGCAGCGGGACAAGAGGAGAUGUGGAUAAGCUAAGUUACACUGUUGUUUCUUGAUUUUCCUAGAUCGUGAGAACCAGUCCAUUCUAAUCACGUAAGUAUGCUUAUGAUGAGUAUGAUUCUAGUCAAAGCAAGCUUUGUGUGCAAAGCACUGUUUGACAAAGUGGUCUUUCCUUCUGUUUUUGUUGACAGUGGAGAAUCUGGUGCUGGAAAGACUGUGAACACAAAACGUGUCAUCCAAUAUUUUGCAACAAUUGCUGCAGCUACUGACAAGAAGAAGGAAGAACCACAGCAAGCAAGCAAGCUAAAGGUGAGUUGUAUAUCUAAGAGGAAGCUAAGCUUUCAUUUUUGUUAACUGCUGUAGUUAUAAAAUACAUAACUUUGCAAUAACACUUUUUCAGGGAACACUAGAAGAUCAAAUUAUCAGUGCCAACCCUUUGCUGGAGGCUUUUGGGAAUGCCAAGACUGUGAGGAAUGACAACUCUUCCCGUUUUGUAAGUCUUGCGUUCAGAAGUACCGUAUUUUUCGGCCCAUAGGGUGCACCUAGUUUUUUUGGGGGGAAAUAAAGAAAAAUUUUUUUAUCUCCCCCCCCCAGGCGCGGGGCUGGGGCGGGGGAAGCCCGAGCUUCCCCCGACCCCAGCCCCCAGAACAGGCAGCUCUCCACAAGCCGUGGGAGAGCUGCGCGAAGCCUGAAGCCUGGGGGGGCUGAGCUCAGCCCUCCCACGGCUUGCAGAGAGCUGCGCGAAGCCUGGGGGGCGCUGAGUUCAGUGCACCCCCGCGCUUUGGGGUGCAGGCAGCUCUCCCACGGCUUGCGGAAAGCUUCCUGAAGCCUGGAGAGCGAGAGGGGUCGGUGUGCACCGACCCCUGUCGCUCUCCAGGCUUCAGCGAAAGCCUGCAUUCGCCCCAUUGGACGCACACACAUUUCCUCUUCAUUUUUGGAGGGGGAAAAGUGCGUCCUAUAGGGCGAAAAAUACGGUAUAUUUAAGAGUGUACCAGUGAGACAAUUUCAUUAAUUAGUUUUGUGAAAUUUUUCCUAGCAUUGGUUGAAAAGAAUCAGGGCCAAUGUAAUGCAAGAAAUAAAGUGUUAGAUUUGGGCAUGAGUUACCCAGCCACAAAGAUCACAUUAAUUGCUUUAGCACUAUACUUCUUCAUGCUAAUUCUGUCUUACACAAUUAUUGUGAUAAUAAUAAAUGGAUUAAGAAUAGUAAAGCCCUAUCUAAUGAUAGCUAAAGAUAGAAACAAGGAAAUAGAUUUGUUUGAGUGGGUUUUACUCUGCGUAUGACAUAUCAUUGGGUAAGUCCCCAUAUGUCUGCAAGAUAAUACUAAUACUAAUAAUAAUAAUAAUAACUACUAUUAAAAACACAAUGAAAAGGAAGAACCAAAAGACCUUUGGUUUACAAGACAUUGUACAUAUAAGACAUUUAUGGUUCUUCCUUUUCAUUAUGCUUUCUUAGUAGUGGCUGGUGUACACCAUUUUUGUCCCGUCAGAAAUGUAUAAAAUCAAUAAAAUGGCACUGUGCAGAUAACGAAACACAUGCAAAACAUGGUUUAAAUGUGUUGUAAUUAAAAUGCCAUUUCCCCCCAUAGGGUAAAUUCAUCAGAAUUCACUUUGGUGCUACAGGAAAACUGGCUUCUGCAGACAUUGAGACAUGUAAGGAACUUUGCUAGACCAUCACACAGUCUCCUUCUUUCCUUCCUUCAUCUUCUUUUCCUUCUUUCCCUCCCUGCCUUUUACUUAAUUACCCUUAAUUGUGUUGCCAGAUCUCCUGGAGAAGUCCAGGGUUACUUUCCAGCUGAAAGCUGAAAGAAGCUACCACAUCUUUUAUCAGAUCACAUCCAACAAGAAGCCGGAACUGAUUGGUAAGAAGCAUUUGUUUUGGAGUAGGCUGCUGCUUGCUAAAAUCUUGUGUUGAUGCUUGAUUAUUCAAUGGAUGAAAAUAAAUCUGUAUCUUUGCUUCUCCUUAUUCAGAGAUGCUUCUGAUUACUACCAACCCAUAUGACUUUCACUUUGUGAGUCAGGGUGAGAUCAGUGUUGCCAGUAUCAAUGAUCAAGAAGAGCUGAUGGCAACUGAUGUAAGUAACUUGUAGAUUGGAAUAUAUGAAAUUUGAUCAGAUCAGUUUUGGGCUGAAUUUAUUCAGCAGAAAUUAGAUUUCUUGGGGUGAUGAACCCUUGCUACAAUUUAUUUGGGGGAGGGAAGCAUUCUAGAAAUGCUGGGGGUGAGGAGUCUUGCUAGAAAUGGGAAUGACAGCAGCCUCCCCUCUCCCAAUCUCUCCAUUAAACAUAGUCUUGUUGCCUUGAGUAGUAUCAGUGGCUUGCCUUUUUUUGGUCAGAAUGCACCCUUGGAACAAUGUCAUGAUGUGUGUGUGUGUGUGCGCGCGUGUCUAUGUAGGAGGCCAGCAGAGGCGGCAGUAGUGGCAUCCUUCCCACAUACCCUUGAAUUUGCCACACGUGGCAACAGCUUUCCUUGACGCUUCCUCCCAAAAUGUGCCUUGGAAAAAUGGUACAUCACGCUUUAGUGUUGUUUGAAGAGCAUUCUCUCUCUCUCUCUUUCUCUCUCUCUCUCUCUCUCUCUCCCUCUCUCUCUCUCUCUCUCUGUGUGUGUGUGUGUGUGUGUGUGAGAGAGAGAGAGAGAGAGAGAGAGAGAGGGAGAGAAAGAAAUAAUAGGCCCCUCAUGGCCAGUGAGGCAGACCACAAAUACCUCACCAACAGAAUGCCCCAGAACAACACUACACCAUGACAUGUUGUUCCAAGUGGGGCAAUGUGAGACAAAACACAGGCCUCUAAUUGCCAAAAAGGGUCACUCAGAUUCUUUACCUCCUUAUGGAGCAGCAAAUUUGAAAGGCCAGUUGCAGUCAAUAUUAUAUCAGACAGAAAUUUGACUUUGAUUUGGUUGAUAGGAAGCCAUUGACAUCCUGGGUUUCACUGCUGAGGAAAAGACAGCCAUUUACAAGCUAACUGGAGCUGUAAUGCACUAUGGGAACAUGAAGUUCAAGCAGAAGCAACGUGAGGAGCAGGCUGAGCCAGAUGGCACUGAAGGUAUUUGGAAGACAUGUGGCAGGAUACUGAGAUUUUCCAGAAAGAAGGGGCUUGCUCUAUAGAAAUUUGUAUUAAAAAUCCAAAACAAAUUAUAUUAUUAUUGUUUAUUAAAUUUAUAUAUUGCCCUUCAUUCGAAUUCACAGGGCGGUUUAUAAUAAUAAUAAUAAUAAUAAUAAUAAUAAUAAUAAUAAUAUUAAUCUUUAAAAGGCCAUAGGUAGUUUAAUCAGCCAAAGGUCAAAUGAUUAACAGCAAGUGAUUGAGGUGAAUGCUCAUUGUUAUAUAGCCAUCCCAUAAACAAAUAAGAACAAAUGCUCAACGAAGACCAGGCACAAUCUAACCACCACAUAAACUUUGUGCAAGCAAAUCAGGAUGAAUGCUGAAUACGUAGGUUGUCUGGAGAAUCCCAUAAUUGGUAUUCCAGUGCUGAUAAUCUCUCUCAUGUCUAUGCUUAGUUGCUGACAAGGCUGCCUACCUCAUGAACCUCAAUUCAGCAGAUCUGCUGAAAGCUCUGUGCUACCCCCGAGUCAAGGUCGGCAAUGAAUAUGUCACCAAAGGCCAAACUGUCCAGCAGGUAAAUGCCACAUUAGCUAAAAUGCAUGGUUUGACUUAACUAUCUAUGAUUCACUGCAUUGAUAAUAGGUGAAUCACAUAUCAUUAUAUCUACCAUUGAUUUCACUAAUGAUUAAAUCAAACAUAUUUCUCUGCUAUCAAUAGUAACUCCUGCUGUUAUCUUGUCUUCUUAGGUGUACAAUAAUGUAGGUGCUCUUGCAAAAGCAGUCUAUGAAAAGAUGUUCUUGUGGAUGGUUCUUCGUAUUAACCAGCAGCUGGAUACCAAGCAAGCGAGACAAUACUUCAUUGGUGUGCUGGACAUUGCAGGCUUUGAGAUUUUUGAUGUAAGGAAAUAGGGAGAAAUUAAAAAAUAAUAAUUGUAAAGCACUAGAGAAACAGUGUUUUGUAUCGGCCAGUUCAAAACUGUAUUACAUACUGAAGUGUGACUCUGGCAGCUGAAACAUUUCAACUGAUACAAGUUGCCAUUCAUUGAAAACAUGGAGCAUUUUCCUAUACUAUAAAAUGUGUAAUUAAUUGUAAUUAAUCUCAAAGAAAAGGCACAUCUAAACUGAUGCCUUCAAAGUGUUUCAGCAUGCAGCACAAUACUAGAAGCCACAUACCAUGCAGGAACUGAAACACUCAGAGGAUUGAACUGAACCAUACCAAUGCAAAGACUAAAUGAGGCUGAGAAAAAGAACCCAUACAAGUCUAGUUCUGUGGGCAAAUGCCUGCAGGAGAGGAAAGAAAAGUGUCAAGCUGCUGUAGGGCUGUUUCAUGUUACUGAAAAUGUUUCUUGUUUUUCUGUAGUACAACAGCCUGGAGCAGCUGUGCAUCAACUUCACUAAUGAGAAACUGCAACAGUUUUUCAACCAUCACAUGUUUGUGCUGGAGCAAGAGGAGUACAAGAAAGAAGGAAUUGAAUGGGAGUUCAUUGACUUUGGAAUGGAUCUGGCUGCCUGCAUUGAACUCAUUGAGAAGGUAACUUUCGCAGUGUGAAUACUUGGUAUGCUCUGAAAUGUUGUAGUUACAUGGGAGAACAUGCAUGCAAUUUGCAUUCCUUUCUUAAGUGCACCCCAGCAGAGGGGUUGGUUGCAAGAAACUCCAGUGUAUUGAACACUGUACCAUGAGAGGAAGUGGGUUGGAUGUGGCAGGUGAUUGGAUCCUGUCCAAAGAAUCGUAUACUAAAUCUUCACAGGUCUAUACUCUGGGGGCCUUCCAUGCAUUCUUGUUUCAUGCAAUAAUCAUGCAAUCUUAACUCAAUUUAUUGAACAGGAUGUAGAUAUAGUGUCAGUUUAGUAGCAUUUGGUUGCAUUGAAUCAAAUUUCCCCACAGCUGUAUAAGAAAAAAUGAUUUUUCUAGACCAGCCUAUUUAUUUCUAUAGCAUCAAGUGUGUCCAUGGCACUUCAAAGAACAGGCCUGGCAGCCCUACUCUAGGGAGUUUACAAUCUAAAAGCAGACACAAGGGAAACAACAGAAGGUGGGGAAGGGAAAUGGAGACAAGUGCAAGCAGAGAAAGACUAUAUUACUGUUACUCAUACUUUAGCUUUUUAAUGGUAUGGCAUUGUCAACAGAGGCUUGUUCUAAAGCAGGUGUGGGGAACCUGUGGCCCUUCUGAUGUUGCUGGACUCCCGCUGUCAUCAACCCCAGCCAGUAUGGCCAAAGGUCAGAGAUGAUGGAAGCUGUAGUCUAAGAGCAUCUGGAGGGCAAUAGGUUGCCCUUCCCUGUUCCAAAGGUUUCAUGGGCAUGAUAGCAAUGGGCCAGAAAUACUCAGGUGGCUUCUUUCAUAGGGAAUAUUGUUCAAGAAUAAAUAGAAAUAGGGUAUACACUCUCUCAUAGUAGAUAUUUGCUGAGAUUAUCCAGCAGGAUAUAUUAUGGAACAUGUCUAUACAUAUGUACCUUUUCGGUUGUAACAAUUGGUUGAUCUGCAUGUGGUGUAAACCUGUAUUCCAGGUUUUAAUGGGACUUGUGCUUGCAUAUUUGAACUCAGUUCCUUCUCAACUUCUCUGCUCCAACAGAAAAUUCUUCAUGCUUUCCCAAAGGCAAGUGUUUCCAAAAGCUGACUAAGCAAUCUCUUUAUUAUUGUUAUUCCUUCCAGCCAAUGGGCAUUUUCUCCAUCCUGGAAGAGGAGUGCAUGUUUCCUAAGGCAACUGACACUUCUUUCAAGAACAAGCUCUAUGACCAGCAUCUUGGAAAAUCUGCUAACUUCCAGAAACCUAAGCCUGUCAAAGGCAAGGCUGAAGCCCACUUUGCCCUGGUGCACUAUGCCGGCACGGUGGACUACAAUAUCACUGGCUGGCUGGAGAAGAACAAAGACCCUUUGAAUGAUACGGUGGUGGGUCUGUAUCAGAAAUCAUCCAUGAAGACUCUAGCUUUCCUGUUUGCUGAUCGUCCUGUAGAUGCUGGUAAUGGCUUUAUAAUCAACCCUCUGACUAAUGUAUAUAUAAGGAAACAUUUAUUCUAAUAUAAAAGUAUUAUUUAAUAAAUCUAAGGUCCCUUUAAUAUUUUUUCAUGUUAAUUUUAGAUGGUGGUGGCGGCAGUGGUGGCAAGAAGGCUGCUAAGAAGAAGGGGUCUUCCUUCCAGACCGUGUCUGCUCUUUUCAGGGUAUAGUAUAAUCUUUAUAACUCUUUUCAGUGUGUGAAUUUAAAAAUGCUUCAUGAAAUGCCUGUAUUUGUCAGUAUUUGUGUACCAAACCAUUUUGGAUCUUCUGAGAGAUAUGCUGAAUCUAACUGAAUUCAUGGAAUAGUCUUCUUUUCAAAAAAUAUUGCCACAGAUUUAAAAUACAUGCCCGCAUCCUUCCACAUAAUUCAAAUAUGAACAAAGUACAGUAUGUAAAAUAUCCUUGACUGCUCUAAGUCUCUAAAAAGAGGGGAUCAGUAUUGAAUACAAAGGCAAAUAAAUCUUUAUUGAAAUGCUUCAUGUGUUACUUUGCCUAAGCGAUGUGUCUGCAUGCUGCUUUAAUAUUUAUUAAAGGAAGAAAUAUGGAAUGUGGCCCUCCAGGUGUUGCUGGACUAAAACUUCCAUCAGCCCUGAGCACUAGCCAUACUGGUGGGGAUGAUGGAAACUGGGAGUUCAACAACAUCUGGAAAUUCACAGGUUCCCUACCAGGGGGACUAAGGAUUGAUUCCAAAGAAGCAGUAUACACUUAAGGGAGCUCCUCCUCUUAACAGCAUACAGAUAGUACUUUAUUUAAUGGCAUGCUCCUAAUGUCAAAGAGAUAAGAUGCUAUUAAACCUGAACAGCAACUUGUUUAACAGCCCAAACAUCAAAAGCAAGCAUUGACAGUGGAUGUUAGGAGCUUGAAACAAACCUGAUUUUUUUUAUCUCUGUUACAUUUGAUGGUGCUUCCCCACCCCUAUUUGCAUGCACUUGUCUCCUCUGCAUGCAAACAUCCCUUCUUUGGACUUUUGCACAAAAUAUCUGCUUCUGGUCCCACAGGAGAACUUAAACAAACUGAUGUCCAAUCUGAGAAGCACUCAUCCCCACUUUGUGCGCUGCAUUAUUCCCAAUGAAACAAAAACACCUGGUAAGGCAUAUAAAUAAACAAAUAAAGCAGAUGUUAUUGUAUUUUUAGCAACCAACUAUCACACAAUUUCAGUGGGGAAAGUCCAUUUAGUUUCUUAUUAAGCAUUAAUCCAAGUCUUGCACAACAUGCAAACUUUGAGAAAAGUAUAAUGCAAAGCAACACAAUGGAUCAGUUUGGUUUUCACUUGGCAUGCGCGGCAAAAGGAAAACUGCUAGCGAGACAUUUCACAAGUACGCCAUUAAAUUUUCAUUUCAUUAAAAUUUGAUUGCUUUUUCAAAGCCUGUUCUGAUCAUGGUCUAAUUUGUCAUGUUUGGAUUUCCUUCUGAAUUUUAAAAGUAAUAGUAGAAUAUAUUUAGCUUGUAGUUCUAAAUACAUUCUCCUCUCCAUGAAAAAUGUGUAAAGUUCCCCUCACUGUUGAUUAUUUAUAUGAACAUACCAAAGCAGUCUAAAGAAUGCUCCUGUGUCCAGUGUGUUCCAUGAGGGAAAGCAUAUUUAACUGAGCUUGUGUAAAAGAAGGCUUAGUUUUCUGUGCCUCAGGUGUUCAAAAUAUUGAGAAAUCUGAACAGGAAUAAAUACAUAUAAAUGCAACAGUAUUUGCCCUUACAAAAUGGUGCUAAUUCCUCUUUGAUUUUUUCAAAAGGUGCAAUGGAACAUGAACUUGUACUGCAUCAACUGAGGUGUAAUGGUGUGCUGGAAGGCAUCCGCAUUUGCCGAAAGGGAUUCCCUAGUAGGAUCGUUUAUGCUGAUUUCAAACAGAGGUUAGUUUGGCCCUCCUAUAGAGCUCCAUUCUGUACAUUUCACAUCUCAUAUGCUUUCUUGACUUUAUAAAAAAAACCCAACCCUUCAUCAUAAAUCCAGUUAACAACAAGAUUAUAUUUAUUCAGCGUUGAUGAAUAUCCCAGACUAGAUAACUCCUUUGAAUCAAGUGUUGUUUUCUCAACAUGCUUUGAAUGUUUUCAGAGAUCAACAACUAUUUUAUAUUAAUUCAUUUUUACUCAAUCAUUCCUUGACAAGUUUUUGGAAACCAAUAACCACAACAAAUUGCUAUUCAUGAAACUAGUGAAUUUAAUGGCAAGACACCAGCAUCUUCUGUUUUCUCCAACAGAUACAAGGUUUUAAAUGCAAGUGCUAUUCCAGAAGGCCAGUUCAUUGAUAGCAAGAAAGCAUCUGAAAAGCUUCUUGGAUCUAUUGAUAUUGACCACACCCAGUAUAGAUUUGGACAUACCAAGGUAUAAACUAUCUCUGAUGCAAAUACCUUUUCUUUAAUUAGUACAAGGUUGCAUUUGUGACAUUCUGCAACCUUUCUUUUCUCCAGGUGUUCUUCAAAGCUGGCCUUUUGGGUCUUCUGGAAGAGAUGAGAGAUGACAAGCUGGCUCAUCUGAUAACACGUACACAGGCUAUGUGUCGUGGCUUCUUAGCAAGGACAGAGUACCAGAAAAUGUUGGAAAGGAGGUAUAGCCCUCACAAUUAUUUAAAAAAGCACUAUCAGAAGGCCUGAUUUGGUUGCCCUGCUCUGCAUGCCAUUUAAUGUGAAUCUUAACUUUGUUGACAGAGAGGCCAUCUUUACUAUUCAAUACAAUGUCCGUUCAUUCAUGAACGUCAAGCACUGGCCCUGGAUGAAGUUAUAUUUCAAGAUCAAGCCCUUGCUAAAGAGUGCUGAAUCAGAGAAAGAGAUGGCCACCAUGAAAGAAGAGUUUCAGAAAACUAAAGAAGAGCUUGCCAAGUCAGAGGCAAAACGAAAGGAACUUGAAGAAAAAAUGGUGUCUCUGAUCCAAGAGAAGAAUGACUUGCAGCUCCAAGUCCAGUCUGUAAGUGUUAUUGGUGCCAUUAAUUUGACUUUAUUCUUGAUAUAAUUUAGGUAGAGGAACGCACACAUUGUAGGGAAAGUACACUGUGAAUAUUUUGGGUUAUUUAGGCUAUCCCCAAAAUAUGGCGCUCUGUGUGUGUGUGUGUACACCAAACAAUCUGGCACUGAGUAUAAUAUAUAAGACACUAUUUUAUAUACCGGUAAGACUGCAUUUUAUUCAUGAAUGCACAUAUGUAGGUCUAGUAUGCAGCUUUUUGUUUUCACACCAACAUUUAUAUUGGAUUCAACCCAGUUUACCUACUGUGUGAAAGACUGUGAGAAAGGGAGUGGGGAAGCUGACAUUGUGAUUACAAUUAUGUAAUAUAAAAAACAUGGAAGGAAAAUAGCAUUGAUGAUCAUUUGGCAACACUUUGCAACUUGUUUCUUGAGUGUGGAAAAUAUUAGUAAAGUCACCAGCAAAGGCUACUGUCUCAGUAAACAUUACAGUUGCUUAGACUUGAUAUGAAAAUGAAUUUAAUUCACUUAUACAAAUACAAUUUCUAUACAAUUAAUCACAGAUUAAUAUAGAUGAAAAUUUUCAGAACACAGAUUCCAUUCAGUAGGAAAAUCUACCCCAAAAUCCUACUGAAAUCUUACAGAAAUGAAACAUGGAUUAUUCUCUGGAACAUUACCAGUACUGUUAUUCACAUUUAGAAAGUGAAAAUACUGGAAAGACAUUCGUUUAACAUGCUACAUUUUCUCCCCAGGAAGCUGAUGGCUUGGCAGAUGCAGAGGAGAGAUGUGACCAGCUGAUCAAAACCAAGAUUCAGCUGGAAGCUAAAAUUAAGGAGCUGACUGAACGGGCAGAGGAUGAGGAGGAAAUGAAUGCUGAGCUGACAGCCAAAAAGAGGAAACUGGAAGAUGAAUGCUCAGAGCUGAAGAAAGACAUUGAUGAUCUGGAGUUAACACUGGCCAAAGUGGAAAAGGAGAAGCAUGCCACAGAAAACAAGGUAAUGAUCAUAAUGUGCUCAGAUCUGCAACCAAUAGUCAGAAUGUUGUAUUAUCAUUCCAGGGUAGAAUGAUAUAUUGAAUCUGUUUGUUCAUUUCUAAAAGGUGAAAAACCUCACUGAAGAGAUGGCAGUCUUGGAUGAGACCAUUGCCAAACUGACCAAGGAAAAGAAAGCCCUCCAAGAGGCCCAUCAACAGACCUUGGAUGACCUGCAGGCAGAGGAGGACAAAGUCAAUACUCUGACCAAAGCAAAGACCAAGCUGGAGCAGCAAGUGGACGAUGUAAGCACCAUCACAUGCAGAAGAAUAACUGUGGGGUAAAGGUAGCAUUAGAGUGACAAAGUCUUUGUCCCUUCUUUGUCUUUAGCUUGAAGGGUCCCUGGAGCAAGAAAAGAAGAUACGCAUGGACCUGGAGAGAGCCAAGAGGAAGCUUGAAGGUGAUCUGAAGCUGUCCCAAGAAUCCUUAAUGGAUUUGGAAAAUGAUAAGCAGCAGCUGGAUGAAAAGCUGAAGAAGUAAGUAAGGUUUGCUUCUGGAAGACCUUUUAGGAGGUCUCUAUAGAACCCAACUAUUAUUAUUUGAUUUGGACUCAAAAAAUCCUUGUGUUUUGUUGUGAAAAGGAAAGAAUUUGAAAUCAGCCAGUUCCAAAGCAAAAUUGAAGAUGAGCAGGCCUUGGGCUUACAACUUCAGAAGAAGAUAAAGGAGUUACAGGCAAGUCAAGCAUAUAUCAGAUCCAUUGUGACUAUGAAAAUUACUUCCUCUGAGAAUAUAUUGUGAGUGUUAAUGGCUGCUUCUCUUUCUGUAGGCCCGUAUUGAGGAACUGGAGGAGGAGAUUGAGGCUGAGCGUGCAUCUCGGGCCAAAGCAGAGAAGCAGCGAGCUGAUCUCUCCAGAGAACUUGAAGAGAUCAGUGAGCGUCUGGAGGAAGCUGGUGGGGCAACUGCAGCUCAGAUUGAGAUGAACAAGAAACGUGAGGCAGAAUUCCAGAAAAUGCGCAGGGACCUUGAAGAGGCCACUCUGCAACAUGAAGCCACAACAGCUGCUCUCCGCAAGAAGCAUGCAGACAGUGCAGCUGAACUUGGGGAACAAAUUGAUAACUUGCAACGUGUGAAACAGAAGCUGGAGAAGGAGAAGAGUGAGCUGAAGAUGGAGAUUGAUGACCUUGCUAGUAAUUUGGAAUCUGUCUCCAAAGGCAAGGUAUCAUACAGCAAUUUCAAUAUACAUAUAUUACAAUCACAAAAUAUACAUAUUGGAUUUACAUUUCUGUAGCUUUAUACAGGAUUGGAGUGAGGUAAUUGUAAUUUAAAAAGAAUUUCAACUUCUAUGGGAAAAAGAGAAAAGUAAUUUUUAUUACAUUAGCAUCUCUAUCCAUCCAUAUAUAAUGCUGUUUCUAUUUAAUAAUGUUUCUAUUUGCAAGAUGACCCAUUUUUUCCAUAUAUAUAUAUAUAUAUAUAUAUAUAUAUAUAUAUAUAUAUAUAAAAUAAGGUCCUCAUUUCCCCCCUUAAAUAAUGCAUCACUUAUUCAGGACUCCUUAUUACAUAUUCUUUUUCAUUAUUCAAGACAUUCCCCAUUCUUCAGCGUUAUAUGCUUCUGGUCUUCAUUGUGACUCUAAAACAUAUAUGAAGCGUCCAUUCUGAAUACUACAAAGUCUUACAAUAUGCAAAGUACAAUGGUGUUAGUUAAUAUGGUUCUUUGACUGUACACCUAUAGGCCAAUUUUGAAAAGAUGUGCCGCACCCUAGAAGAUCAGCUUAGCGAGCUUAAAACAAAAGAAGAAGAGCAUCAACGUUCUAUUAAUGACCUGAAUGCUCAAAGAGCUCGUUUGCAGACAGAAUCUGGUAAGAUGCUUAAACAAAUUUCUAAAAUGCUGGAGAUAUUUGUGAGAAGGACAUGGCUUGUUCUGAAAAAAUACAACUAUGGGCAUUAUUUCCCAUCCCAUCCCCAAUUCAGUGGGAGUGGUGGUUGUAGCUCGGUUUGGUGGUUGCAUGGAGAGAUGGUGCUUCAGCUUUUGCAAGAUAGGAAGGGUGAUUUCCAGCCUCUCAAAGAUGGGCUGAAGCCUAGAGAACCUGCAAGGCUUCAGGAGCCAAUCGGUGCACGAGCUGGGCUCCUGAGAGGUGGGGCCUUGGAGCAGCCCUGGGGGAAGACUUCACCCUACCAGGUCCACUCCAGAUAAAUAAAAGGAGAUGCAUGGUGCAGGGCCCAGGAAAAAUUGGCCAUUUCUUCCCACUACCUCAUAGCAACCUUGAAGGUAGAACAACCUUGAAGGUGGAAGAGGCAUUGGGCUGGAGAGGGGAUCCCCUUAGAUGGGGAUCCCCUUAAGAGUCCUUAAAGGGCAGCACUUCCCAUCCAGAUACCUAAUUCAGGGGCUGAAGAGCCAUACCUAUGGAAAUUAAAACACUUAAGUCCAUAGAUUUCAGCAGGUCUUCUCUUAUUAUAACUAAUAUUGAAUAUCACCUUCACUUUUUUACUACUUAAUAUGUCUACUGUGAACACCAUCAUUGUACCAAAUAAUUGCCAAAACCUAUGCAAAAAUGAUUAAAUCUUGGAGAUUUCAGAUAUUAAUUUUAAUAUAAUUUUUCAAUUUACUUAUGUUAAAUUAUGUUAUAUAUUCUCUACUUCAGGUGAACUCUCACGACAGGUAGAUGAAAAAGAUGCUUUGAUUUCCCAGCUUUCCAGAGGCAAGCAAGCUUUUACUCAACAAAUUGAAGAACUGAAGAGACAACUUGAGGAAGAGAUAAAGGUGAAAAUUUGGAAUCAAGAAUUUAUUUUAUCGUCUGUUAUAAUGACAGAAACACUGGGCAGCUUUUUUGUCACAGAUUCACUACUGCAAGAAUUGCCUCACCUGCAUAAUUAUUUAUGUUUUAUACAUCUCAUUCUCUGUGUGCUUACUUCAUCUUGUGGACUGGCAAUUGUAUGUGCUGAAGCCCACUCCGAAUAUUUACAUAAUCUACAAUUCUAUGUUAAUUCUAUAGGCCAAGAAUGCACUGGCCCAUGGUUUACAAUCUGCAAGACAUGACUGUGACCUUCUUCGGGAACAAUAUGAAGAAGAACAGGAAGCCAAGGCUGAGCUUCAGCGUGCCCUGUCCAAGGCAAACAGUGAGGUUGCUCAAUGGAGAACUAAAUACGAAACUGAUGCCAUUCAGCGGACUGAGGAACUGGAAGAAGCCAAGUAUGUGCAAUGAUGUGCUUAAAAGGGUGUUAGGAAAUACCAAACAAAUAGUUGUGAGAGAAGAAUUAGAGAACUCCCUCCAUUAACUGGAGCACCAUUUAUAGGUGGAGGACCAGAACAAUUAACAGAAAGGACACAUUAUUAUUAUCUGGGCUUAGCCUGAGUAUGAGAUAGUUCUGUGAAUUUAUACAGUGGUCUAUGGUGUUGUUCAACACUGCAUAUCAUCAUGUUUAUCUUAAAUCUUCAUGUUUCCUGAAGAGAGGUUUGGUUUUUUUGUAAUCUAAUGAAACAGCUGCAUACAGCUGAAUCUAAUAGCUCCUCAAUGAGUGCAAUGUUCACGGUAUUUUCAGAUGCAGCAGGAAGAAGACAAUAUUUUUUAAUGUAGACUGAAUUAGAGAAAGCAAGUUAUAUUUUUAUCAGAAUCAGUGUACAGAAUAAGUCACACAUUGGUUUAUGCUAGGCUCAGAGUAGGGAUGUACUGCAAUUUUACAUGAGUCACAUUUUCACUGGAGCAGAGGCAGAGUCGCUUGAUCAUGAGCAUCUAUGGCAAUUUCCAAGUCGAUAACUGCAUUCUGAGGUGUGUGUGUCCCCCAAUAUUUGUGGAACCUCUUCCUGCCACUGCUGCAGAAAGAAUGAGUGAAUGUAGUGAAUCAAAUUCCACAACCAAUUUCUUUGUUUCUUUGUUAGAUGUGCUUUCUCACAAUGUCAACGUAAAUUGUGCUCACAAAUUCCAUGGGAAAGAAAAAGUCACCAACAUCAAUUCUGCAAUAAAUUAUUUUAGGUUAAGUUGCAAGGCAUUUAGUGAAUUGAAUGACUUAAGCCAAUUUUGCACAAGGACAUUUUGAAAACAAUUGAAAGCAAAAAAUUUCAGCAACUUGUAUCCCUAGCUUAGAGUGGUAGUGAGACAUGAUUACAUUAUUACAAUGUUAUGUGUUAACAUGGAAGGAAAAGAAGAUAUGUCAAGACAAGGUUUGAAAGGAAAAGCGAAUUUGUAUUAUCAGUAUGCACUGAAUAGCUUUCAGCCAUUUAUUAUCAUGGAUAAUUAAGAAUCACUAAGUGUUGUAAUCACAUUCCUCUAGGAAAAAGCUGGCUCAGCGUCUGCAGGAUGCUGAAGAACACGUAGAGGCUGUGAAUUCCAAAUGUGCUUCCCUUGAGAAGACAAAGCAAAGGUUACAGAAUGAAGUGGAGGACCUGAUGAUUGAUGUGGAAAGGUCCAAUGCAGCCUGUGCAGCUCUAGAUAAGAAGCAGAAGAACUUUGAUAAGGUACUUUUGGCCAUAAUUUGAAAGAAAACCCAGCACGUUGCAACAAACCCUCAGGUACACAUGAACACAUUUCUUAUUUCUUGUGUUUCUUCUUUCUGGUGUUUUGCAGAUUCUGGCAGACUGGAAACAGAAAUAUGAGGAAACACAGUCUGAACUGGAAGCCUCCCAGAAAGAGGCUCGCUCUCUCAGCACAGAGCUCUUUAAGAUGAAGAAUGCUUAUGAGGAAUCCUUGGAUCACUUGGAAACUCUGAAGCGUGAAAACAAGAAUCUCCAGCGUAAGACCAUAGUCUUUACCUAGGCAUUCUGCCAAGUUUGGUCAUUUUUGUAGUAGGAGGCUUCCACUUAAUUUGUAUACCAUUAUUUUUUUCAUUGCCCACUGAUAGAUUCAAACAUUCAACUGAAAACCAUUCACAUGAAUGGCAAAAGUGUAAUGCUAAUUAUUAAACGAUUGUUGGGUUCUGAAUUUGUACUGCUUACACAAUCCAGUGUACAGAUUGCAGGUCUGCUCUCUCUGACUGUCAUUUUAAUGUGUAAACCAACAGAGGAGAUUUCUGACCUCACGGAGCAGGUUGCUGAAGGAGGAAAAGCUAUCCAUGAAUUGGAGAAAGUGAAGAAGCAGAUUGAGCAAGAGAAAAAUGAUCUGCAGACUGCUCUAGAGGAAGCUGAGGUAAGUACACUAUUAUGCAUAUAAUUAUUUUGUGGCAUAUAUCAGACAGAAAGGUUGGCAAUGCUUGCACAGUGCAUACAAACUAGUGGUUUUUAGUGUUUCCUAUUGAAUAAACUUUCAGAUAGUGAGUCCAUGGUAUGCUAUUCUUGUUUUAAGGCCUCACUGGAACACGAAGAAGGCAAAAUCCUCCGCAUCCAACUUGAGCUCAACCAGGUGAAGGCUGACAUUGACAGGAGAAUUGCAGAGAAGGAUGAGGAAAUUGAUCAGCUGAAGAGGAAUCACCUGAGAGUUGUAGAGUCCAUGCAGAGCACGCUGGAUGCUGAGAUCAGGAGCAGGAAUGAUGCCCUGCGGCUGAAAAAGAAGAUGGAGGGAGAUCUGAAUGAAAUGGAAAUCCAGCUAAGCCAUGCCAACCGCCAAGCUGCCGAAGCACAGAAGAACCUCAGGAACACCCAAGGAAUACUCAAGGUACAUAUAUAUUUCUGUAAUCAGGAUACAGUUGUGAUUGUUAUUGUGCAAAGAAUGGUCUCACAAUAAUAUCUCAAUAUCAUUUUUUAGGACACCCAGAUACAUUUGGAUGAAGCUAUAAGGUGCCAGGAAGAUCUGAAGGAGCAAGUGGCCAUGGUUGAGCGCAGAGCUAAUCUGAUGCAGGCUGAGAUUGAGGAGCUCCGUGCAGCUCUGGAACAGACAGAGAGGGGCAGGAAAAUAGCAGAACAGGAACUUCUGGAUGCCAGUGAGCGUGUGCAACUCCUCCACACCCAGGUGAGCUUCUAGCUUGUAAUGGGCGCAUAAAAUUCUCUAAGCAGAAGAUGGUUCAGGUAAAGGGAAGAAGCUACUUCUGUUUUUUGAAAUGGCAUUGUGUAUUGCCCACCUGUGUCAAAACUCCUGAUAUGUAUGUGUCCAUCUCUUUUUGCAAUGUCGCUGACUCCAUUUUCUAUUCCUUAUGAGCAUACCUUCAUGAUAUGGUCAAGUGCCUCCAAAGGACUUCAUCAAUUAAGUCAUCUCCAUGUUUGUUAAGCCUGAAUCAAUGCUAUAAGAAAUGGAAUGUAAACAUUAACUGAUAAUUUGAGAGCUUUCUUAAGGGUUGAUGAAGGCUCCAAACAUUGCAUUUGCUGUUUUCUAGAUAACCAAGAAUGCCUCCCACACCAAAGAAACAUGAAUUUCAUGCUGAAUAUAUUACGGUUUGCGGCUAAUAGUUAAAUGUCAGUUUUAUUAUUCUUAUACAGAACACCAGCUUGAUCAACACCAAAAAGAAGCUGGAAACGGAUAUUGCCCAAAUCCAGAGUGAAAUGGAGGAGACAAUUCAGGAAGCACGCAAUGCAGAAGAGAAGGCCAAGAAGGCCAUAACUGAUGUGAGUUUGGGGGAUUUUUCUUUGGAAAUAUUUCCCUGAUUAUACUUGGCGUGUAUGGCUUUCUGAUUAAUAAUAAUAAUAAUAAUAAUAAUAAUAAUAAUAAUAUUUUACUAUAACUAUUAAUAGGCAGCCAUGAUGGCAGAGGAGUUGAAGAAGGAACAAGAUACCAGUGCACAUCUGGAGAGGAUGAAGAAGAACCUAGACCAGACUGUGAAGGACUUGCAGCACCGUCUUGAUGAAGCAGAGCAGCUGGCACUGAAAGGAGGGAAGAAACAGAUCCAGAAACUGGAGGCCAGAGUGCGUAUAUCUCAUAGAGGAACGGUUUCUCCAUGCAUUUUGAAUCUUGAAUAAUCAUUUUCCACACUUUCAUGUCUUCACUCCCUGCUUUGCCCGCAUAGGCAGGAGACAUACCAUCUAGGAGAGGUACUAUCUGAAAGUUCGGAAGGCAGCAAUGGUAGUAGUAGUUUGCUUUUUUAUAUAUUCUUGAUGCCUUUCUUCUGGGAGAAAGUCUCCCCUUUGCGCACAAAUGCCCAUUCUCUCUGAAAACUACACAGAAGAAACUUUCCCCUUUGCUUCAGUUAUUACUCCUACCUCCACACCAACCUCAGACCUAUUUGCAUAUCUAGGAACCAACACUAGUAACCAUGUCAAGUAACCAGAAACACACAACAGACGUUGGGUGACAGAGCAGGACUUGGGGAAACAGGGGUACAUAUUCAGUGUCUGAGAAUUUGGAGGGGCUUGUGGUAGCAUGGCCACAGGGAUGGGCCACAGAUGAAUAGAAAUGAAAGUAAGGAGCAAUCUUCUAUGAUAUUGUUCUAUGAAUUGGGGCAGCUCAGGUAAGGAAGCUGACAGAAGAUAACGCUCUAAGUUGCUAUCAGAGGAAUGAAAAGGGUGCCAAGGGAAAGAUGGGACAAAUGUACCUAGAAAGUUUCUACCCAUUCAGCUACAGCUUAUCAUUACAGCCAUAUUUCCAUAUCAUCAUGAUUUAGUGAGUAGCACUUGGAUUAGAAUACCAGCUAAAAUGCAGAAGCCUUUGUUUUUGCAUUUCAGGUUCGUGAACUGGAAGCUGAGUGUGAGAAUGAACAGAAGCGCAGUGCUGAGGCUAUAAAAGGUGUACGAAAGUAUGAGAGAAGAGUAAAGGAACUGACCUAUCAGGUGAGAAUAGAGACUUCCUUUUAUCUAGGGUUGCCAUAUUCCCAAAAGUGAAAAUCCGGACAAAGUUGCUGAGCUUUUCUUUUUGGGGGGGGGUGUCCCAAAGUUGUUAUUUGGGAACAUCUCUCUCCUCCCCCCCCUCACCAAAUUAAGUUUUUAGGCUUUUAAAAAUAUUUUUAAGCAUUUUUAAAAAUAAAAAUCGCCCUGCUUGCCAUAAAAUCUGCUUGGAAGCCAUUACCAGAACCUGAUUCCUGGACGUAUGGCAGCCCUACUUUUAUCUGAAAAUGUCGUAGGUACUUGCAUGUGAGUUCACACUCUCUUCUCUUACUUUUAAACAUUUAGGCUGAAGAAGACCGGAAGAAUGUUCUGAGACUCCAGGAUCUUGUAGAUAAACUACAGCUCAAAGUGAAAGCAUACAAGCGACAAGCUGAGGAAGCUGUAAGUAUCACACAGAACAUGGUGCAAAAGUUUUGGCUUGCAUGUAUUGCACCAACACACAAAACCUGACUGAAUAAUGAAGUCUAGUUUUGAGCAGAACAUGUUUAUAUCACAUACAAAUAUUUUGAAUUUACAGCAUUUCUCAUAAGAGAAUUUAUACACUGCUCUUGUGCACCCAAGAGGUGAAGACCCCAUGGAGCUCUGCACAUUCAGGAGCUGCCCUACUAUCUUAAAUAUUAUGGGAUUCUUCACAAAUUGAAUUGUAUGCCCUUCAAAAUGGCCUGAGAAAAAUUAGUACAUGCUUUGUGUCUACCAGAAUUCAAUCUGGUGCAGGCUGAAAAGCAGGAAGGACUGAGUUCUGCCAUUUUCAUAUCUCUCUGUCUGUUAUCAGGAGGAACAAUCCAAUGUGAACCUUUCGAAGUUCCGCAAGAUUCAGCAUGAGCUGGAAGAGGCUGAGGAGCGGGCUGACAUUGCUGAGUCCCAGGUUAACAAGCUCCGGGUGAAGACCCGAGAGGUGCACAAGAAAGUUGUUGUAAGCGAAGAAUAA